AUGAAAAGCAAAAUAAAACUUUUUGCUUUUGCCACUAACACACCCCUCGACAUCAAAGGGUAUUUCGAAGCUUCAGUUGAAUCAGGAACAAAAAUUACCACAGCCCAAUUUUAUGUGAUAAACACUGAUGCUGGAUGUCUAAUAAGUGGAAACACUGCAAUUGAUCUUGGGUUAUUAAAGCUAAACAAAAUUGCAUUUGUUACAUCUCGACCUGAAACCCAUCAACCUAAGAAAAAUGCUCCAACAAAUAGCAAGUCUAGACCUAAAAGAUUGAGAACCUUAUUUUCGAAAUAUGAUAAUUUAUUCCAAGGAAUCGGAAAAGUCCCAGAUUACAAAGUCCAUUUACACAUUGAUAAAACUGUCCAACCCACAAUUCAAAAAGCCCGAAGAAUCCCAUUUACAAUGAGAACCAAACUAUCAGAAGAACUGCGACGUCUUGAAUCAUUAGAUAUUAUUGAAAGUGUAACAGGCCCCACGUCGUGGGUAUCUCCCAUUGUUUGUUUCCCAAAACCCAACAAUCCCGACCAAAUUCGUCUUUGUGUUGACAUGCGAUAACCCAAUAAAGCCAUUUCACGGGAAUGUCACCCUUCUCCCACAACUGAAGAUUUAAUUGAAAAACUAAAUGGUGCUGCAUAUUUCUCAAAACUUGAUCUAAGCUCUGGGUACCAUCAACUAGAGUUGGAUGAAGCUUCGCGUGACAACUACAUUUGCAACUCAUGAAGGUCUCAAAAGAUAUAAACGUUUGAACUUUGGCAGAAAUAGUGCUGCUGAGAUAUUUCAAAAUGUCAUUCAGACCACAUUCCAAGAUAUUGACGGUUGUAUAAACAUAAGCGACGACAUACUAGUUUUUGCCAAAACACAACAUGAACAUGACAUGACAUUAGAAUCUGUUCUACAGCGUGCUAAUGAAAAUAAUUUAAGAUUCAACGGUGACAAAUGUGAAUUUGAUAAACCAAGCAUCACGUUUUAUGGUCAUGUUUUCUCGAAGCAGGGUAUAUCCCCAUGUCCUAAAAAGAUCGAAGCGAUCAAGUCUCUAAAACCUCCAGCGAAUGUUUCUGAACUUCGUAGCUAUUUAGGAAUGAUAACAUAUUGCGGCAGAUUUAUUCAAGAUCUUGCAACACUGACUGCCCCAUUACGUAAACUUACAAAGAAGGACAUAAAAUACGAAUGGAAAGAAUCACAACAACGUGCGUUUGAUACAUUACAAGAAAGAUUGAACGAAAAAACCACUUUAUCAUAUUUUGACCCUUCAAAAGACACCAAGCUCAUUGUAGAUGCCUCUCCCACUGGUCUAGCGGCAAUAUUAAUACAAAAUACCCCCAGCCAAAAUGACGAAACUGUCGUUGCAUAUGGCAGUCGUGCUCUUACAGAAGUAGAACAAAGAUAUAGUCAGACAGAACGCGAGGCAUUUGCAAUUGUUUUUGGCUGCGAACAUUUUCGUUUAUUUCUCUAUGGAAUUCAUUUCACAAUCUAUACAGACCAUAAACCAUUAGUAUCGAUUUUUCAGAAUCCAAAUUCACAUUGCCCUGCACGACUAGAACGCUGGCGUUUACGCCUACAGUUAUACAAUUUCCAAAUUCACUAUCGCCCUGGCCACGAUAACCCAUCCGAUUACAUGUCAAGACACACCCAGUGA